AUGAGGGGGGAUCAGAGGGGCAUUAGGGGGCAUCAGGAGGGCAUUAGGGGGGGGGGCAUUAGGGGGCACCAGGGGGCACCAGGGAGUCAGGGGAGGGCAGGGGAGGGCACAGGGGGGCAGAGGAGGGGGCCAGGGGGGUGCUGGGGGGUGCCAGGGGGGUAUGGGGGUGCCAGGGGGUUUCCAGGGGGAUAUGGGGGUGCCAGGGGAGGGGGAUGA